AUGGUACCAGCAGUCAAGAAGAGAAUAGGCAUUGUAGGUGGCGGUUUCUCAGGAUGUGGCCUCAUAGCGAUGCUAAAAGAAGAAGGCGGCAUGGAGCCCAUCUGCUUUGAGAAAUCUGACAGACCAGGUGGCACUUGGAACUAUAGAGAAGAAUCCACAGUCGGAGUUCCUUCAAUCAUGCCAACAACAAUCAUCAACCAUAGCAAAGAGUUCAGAGCGAUGAGCAACUUUCCUCCACCCAAGGAAUUGCCCAAUUAUAUGAAACACUCUGAACUCUAUGAGUUUUUCAUGAGCUAUGCAACUGAAAAAGGAGUCUUAAAUCACAUUCAGUACAACUCAGAAGUCGUUGAGGUAAAACGGGCUGCUGAUUAUGAAGAGACAGGCAGGUGGACCGUGAGCGUAAAAAAUACUCUAUCAGGUGAGGUCACCUCGGAUACUUAUGAUGCAGUGGCUAUUUGUGUGGGGCACAUUAAUAUACCGAAAUGGCCCUCAUAUGAAGGUCAAGACACGUUUAAAGGGAAAAUAAUCCAUUCCCACAGUGUGAAAGGUGUCGCACCAUACGAAAAGAAAAAUGUAAUUGUUGUUGGUAUGGGUUGUUCUGGCUUAGAUGCUGCAGUUGAAAUCAGUAGUGUGGCAAAACAGGUAAAUGUUAGCUUGAUACGAUUUGUUUGUGCAACUUAAACGACUCUAUUUUCU